AUGCUCUUCACAACAAUUCAACUUGCUGGCAGGGAGCCUAAGGACAUGCUGGUUUCUGUGUGGCACUUCGCCCGGAAGAUUCGACCCGACCUUCCGUUUGCCGACCUGUUCGAGGCCGCCUGCGAGGGAAGCUGCUUGAGCGGCCCGAUCUGGGACCAUGUGCUUGGGUACUGGAACGCUAGCAAGGCGAGCCCGGAGACGGUGUUGUUCUUGAGGUACGAAGAAAUGCUGCGCGACCCAGUCAGCAACGUCAUGAAGCUGGCGCGGUUUCUCGGACGGCCGUUCUCGCCGGCAGAGGAGGAAGCAGGGGUCGCCAUGGACGUGGUGAGGCUCUGCAGCUUCGAGAAGCUGAAAGUUCUAGAGGUGAACCGGAUUGGCUCAGGAUCGUCGUCGUCAUCCUCCCUGCAAGGCGUCCGUGAAGAUGCCUUCGUCAACAACUCCUACUUCAGGAGAGGGGAGGCGGGAGACUGGGCGAAUCACAUGACACCUGAGAUGGCGCGUCGUCUAGACACAGCCAUGGAAGAGAGGCUCCGUGGAUCAGGCCUCUCUUUCGCGUGA